GGGCAAAUCCAAAGCAUAAAUCCAAAUACUAGUGAUGGUCGCCUUCGAAGCACUGCUUCAUGAGGCUUCGAAACCUUUACGAAUCUUUUGUUUCGAAUCAUUGGUUCGGAGCUUGUUUCAAAUUUGGCCAAGUCACGUGAUUUCAGCAAACGAGGCUUCGUGACGUCAUUACUGUUUCGAAACGUUUCGAAACUCCGUUGGUUCACCACUAGGGGGUGUUGAUUUCAAAGUGAACCCAUGAACCAGUAUGUGAACUCCCGCCAGAUUUGACUAUAUAAACAGCAAGCAAAGGCAAGAUGUUGUGGGUUAUAGAGUUGGUGGAUGAAAUUGUUAAUUUGGCAUUUGAUAGCGAUUGUGAAAUGAGUGGAAUUAAAAGACCAAGACCAAGAUCAAUUGUCUGGGAUCACUUUGAGAGUUUGGAGAACAAUAUUGUGAGAUGUAUGUUGUGUGAUCAACACCUGACAUACCACAAUAACACCUCAUCAAUGUUGAGGCACUUGCCCUCCAAACAUCCAGAUGAAGCUGAUGGACACACAUCCGGUGAAAUAACUGGCACAUCCAGUAGAGGUGAAACAUCUGGCACAUCCAAACAAGCAAGGCAAAGGAACAUUGAUGAGGCUCUGGUGGACAUGAUAGUGAAGGAUUCCCAGCCAUUUUCCAUGGUGGAGGACGAGGGCUUCAGGGCUUUUGUGCAGAAACUGGAUCCAACAUAUGUGCUUCCAUCAAGGCAUGGGCUGAAGGACAUGGUUGAGGCAAGGUAUAAAGUGACAAAAGAGAAGGUGGUGGAGGAAGUCAAAAGCGCAAACACUGUGAAUCUUACAUCUGACAUGUGGACAUCAAUAAAUACGGAGGCAUACCUUGCAGUAACAUGCCAUUAUAUCAUUGAAGAGAAGUUGUGUAGUGUUGUGCUGGGAGUUUUGAAGUUUCCUGAAACCCACACAGCAGAGCACAUCAAAGAAGCAAAGUCCAUUUUGCUAGAGUCCUGGGGAAUAAGAGACAAAGUGACAUGUCUCAUCACAGACCAUGCCUCGAACAUGACACUGUGCGCGAAUCUGCUUCAGAUUAGACACAUUCCUUGCUUUGCACAUGUCACAGGAGUGACGAUCUUUUAG